AUGCCUCCUCCUCUCUUACAACAGAUUCAUGCAGUGCUCCCGCAACACUGUGAACCGACAACCCCAUUCCUCGCGGCCGUGUCCUCCUACCUCCACAUCUGCCUCCCCACACCGUUAGCCUUCGUCUCCUCCGUUCUCGGAACCCUCAGCAUCGUGUCAUGGCUCUUCGCUCAGCUCCCACAAAUAUACAAGAAUUAUCAAAUCCAGUCGACGGCUGGCUUGUCACUGUUUUUCCUCGUGGAGUGGUGUCUGGGUGAUACUAGUAACCUCCUGGGUGCUCUGCUCACCCGGCAGGCAGGCUGGCAGGUCAUCGUGGCUGCUUACUAUGUCUGCGUUGACGUGACUCUGGUCUUCCAAUACUUUUGGUACACACACUAUAGGGGACACUCUUCCGAUCACGCCCCACGUUCUACAGAGUCCCCCUUGCCGUCAAAUCCCAAAGACAUGAAAGAUAUCAAGGAACCUGCGGUGCCGAGUUCCAACGGGCAAUCUCCUUCUUACUCCAAUGAGAAACUGAGCUCCUCUAAGCGCUCAAUCACCCGAUCCAGCAGUGGCCCCAGCCUCCCAAUUGGGUCCCCACGCACUCUGCUGCUUGCAUCAAUGCUGUGCGCCGUCGUGGCCAAUGCUGCUCCGACAGAGCAGCAAACAACAUCCGAAUCCUCACAGAAGACUCUCGAGAUCCUCGGCCGGAUCAUCUCCUGGAUGUCAACAUUCCUCUACCUCGGCUCGCGGCCACCCCAACUAUACAAGAACUACUGCCGGAAGAGCACAUCAGGCCUCUCCCCAUUACUAUUCAUGGCUGCCUUUUGCGGGAACCUCUUCUACUCCGCCUCCCUUCUUACCAAUCCUAAUGCUUGGUAUGAUUUCCCUGCCUAUGGGGGUGGUGGCUGGGCCGAUGCAGAUGGCAACGACCGCCUUGAAUGGGUUACCCGAGCUACUCCCUUCUUCCUUGGCGCCUUCGGUGUGCUAGCCUUUGACGGACUCAUGGGCGUGCAGUUCCUCAUGUAUGGAACCCGGGAUGACGAGUCUAUCAUGCAAGUUGAAGACCCCAAAGACGGACGUAGUCGUUGGACCCGCGUUCGGGGCUGGAUGAGGGGCUGGAUCCCUUCAGUGUCCCCUGCGCGACGGCUUCGCUCUGACGCCACAGUCUCUUCAGAGGAGAACCAAUCUCUCCUGCAGAAUGAGCGGGAGAGAUACGGUACAGUUUGA